AUUGAUGCUAUAUUUAUCUCCUACUUACAAAGGAAAUGAAUUGUUGUCAGUUGACGUGAACCCCGAAAUUAGGGAAUUUGUCACGGACUCUUUCACAAAGCCUACUGCAGGUGAUUUGAACCUAAAAGACUUUUACAACGAGGUUUGCAAUAAGCCUCCAGCUUCUAUGGAAAAUGAGACUGAGGAAGACGCUGACCCAGAGAUCGAAUCAGAGCUCCAAUUUGAGACAAUGCUCGAAGAACAACCCUUAAAAAGCGCAACUGAAGUGGUUGCAGGUAUUGAAAGACCUAAAACAUAUAUUCAAGACUUCUUCAAUGGGUUGAAAUCAAAAACCACUAUUUCAAGGUAUUGCAUGCAACAACUUUUGAUCAGAGUUUACUCUCGUGUGGUUUCAACAAGAUCAAGAGAGCUUAGAAGAUAUAAAGCGUUUACAGCUGAAGUCUACGGGGAAUUAUUACCAUCAUUUGUUAGUGAGGUUAUGACAAAGGUUGACUUUAAGCCUAACCAAAAGUUCUAUGAUCUUGGCUCGGGUGUGGGAAACACAUCUUUUCAAGCAGCUAUCGAAUUUGGUGCUGCUUUUAGUGGCGGAUGUGAAUUGAUGGAACAUGCAUCAAGAUUAACUGCUAUUCAAAAGUUGGUAUUGGAUAAACAUUUAAAGAUAUUUGGUCUCAAACCUCUUAACUUGCGGUUUGCUUUGGCCCAAAGUUUUGUGAACAAUCCAGUGGUCAAGAACGACGUUCUUGAUUGCGAUGUUUUAAUUGUCAACAAUUAUUUAUUUGAUAUGAAAUUGAACUUUGAAGUCGGUAGGCUACUUCAUGGUUUGAGGCCAGGUACCAAAAUUAUUAGUUUGAAGAACUUCAUUACUCCAAGAUACAAAUCUACUGGCGACAACACCGUAUUUGAUUAUCUUGAAGUAGAAAAGCAUGAAAUGAGUGACUUUUUCUCUGUCAGUUGGACAGCUAAUAAAGUUCCUUAUUACAUUUCAACUGUGAUGCCCACAAUUAGAGAUCAGUAUCUUUAGGAUAUUUUUAUGUAUAAAGAAUCGUCAAAUGUGUAUAAUAUACAUUCUAGUGUUACAUAGUCUAUCAAUUUUUAUCGUAAAUGAAAAAUUUGUUAUUUCUUCUUUCUUUUGAUGGGAGCAAUCGUAUUUUCAUCCCCGUUCCUUUUGGCACCAGCUCCAUUAGGUAUUGCAGAUGGUUCAGUUGAUCCAGGUCUAGUACUAUUUGCAGAGCUACCAAUGUUAGGAAGUUUUGAUUUCUUUUUGUUGGCAGUAUCCACUUCUCGUGUAAGAGCUAGAAGUAAUGUGUUAAUUCGUCUACCAAGCUCUUGAGCAGUUCUGGAUAACAUAAACCAAUCAAAUCUGAAAAGAUCACUCAAUGAUACUUCUUCUCUUACUUUCUCAGACAAAUUUUCACUGAAGAUUCCAUGUUUAUAAACGCAAGCCAAGAUGAACCUAUCUUCAAGCUUGGAAUAAACUCUUUUGGAAUUGUUUGGGGGAUAUGCAAUAGUUAAAUCUGACAAUGGAUCUUCGAUUUGACUCAUUUUUGAAUGUAAAAUUUCCUGUUGUUUCUGUAAU